CCAGACUAACAUCACGAAGGCGCCCAUCCGGUAGAAAACUGAUUCUUUAAAACGCUGUACAUGACCCAUGGAACUUCUUUGAUCUUAGAAUAUCUCAAUGCAUAUUUGAGCAUCUGGACAGUCAUAACGGACAAUAUACAAUUUAUUUAUAUAUUAAUUGGUCUAUAUAUAGUUGCUGUAAAUUGUUCAAUAGUACUUCGAACUAUGACAUACACUGAAUCCUUACAUUUCCAAUCACACUAUUACUACUCACAUGUAAUAUGUAACAAGAGUAAAAUAGCACAAAUUAUGAUUUCAACAUUAAUUGUUGAAUUCAUGAAUCAAUUGAAGAUUGACCACCAUGAAAAACCUGGAAUCACUUGACAGCCGUUUCGUUCUACUGCGAGACUCCUCAGUAGUGCAAAUCUACGCACCCGACCCAUAGGAUUCGAACCCAAAACAUCUUGGUCUCACACGCGAAUACUUAACUAUCUAACGGUUCCAGAUAAAGAUCUUUGUUGAAACAUGUGAAUGAUAGAAACUUUUAUAUUAUCGAUGAAAAUAUAUAGUAAACUUUGAAACAUUUCUCAAAUAUGUUCAUUAUGUACUUGUGUGUGUGUGUGUGUCUGAGUUUUUGUUGUUCGUCGUA